AUGCAUCCGGAGCCCGCCCCGCCCCCGAGCAGCAGCAGCCCCGAGCUUCCCCCGAGCGGCGGCAGCACCGCCAGCGGCAGCCGCCGGAGCCGCCGCAGCGCGGACGGGGCCCCGGGGUCGCCGCCGCCCGCCGUCGCCUACCCGGACUGGGUCGGCCAGAGCUACUCCGCGGCCAUGAGCCUGAACGAGCACUCGAUGCAGGCGCUGUCCUGGCGCAAGCUCUACCUGAGCCGCGCCAAGCUCAAAGCCUCGAGCCGGACCUCGGCGCUGCUGUCCGGCUUCGCCAUGGUGGCCAUGGUGGAGGUGCAGCUGGAUGCUGACCACGACUACCCGCCGGGUCUGCUCAUCGCCUUCAGCGCCUGCACCACGGUGCUGGUGGCUGUGCACCUGUUCGCGCUCAUGAUCAGCACCUGCAUCCUGCCCAACAUCGAGGCAGUCAGCAAUGUACACAACCUCAACUCGGUCAAGGAGUCACCCCAUGAGCGCAUGCACCGCCACAUCGAGCUGGCCUGGGCCUUCUCCACCGUCAUCGGCACAUUGCUCUUCCUAGCCGAAGUUGUGCUGCUCUGCUGGGUCAAGUUCUUGCCCCUCAAGAAGCAGCCAGGUCAGCCGCGGCCCACCAGCAAGCCUGUAGCCGGCGGUGCAGUCGCCAAUGUCAGCAGCAGUGGCACCGGAGGCAUCACCCCGGGCCAGGCAGCUGCCAUCGCCUCCACCACCAUCAUGGUCCCCUUUGGCCUGGUCUUCAUCGUUUUUGCUGUCCACUUCUACCGCUCACUGGUCAGCCAUAAGACGGACCGACAGUUCCAGGAGCUCAACGAGCUGGCCGAGUUCGCCCGCUUGCAGGACCAGCUGGACCACAGAGGGGACCACCCCCUGACGCCCGGCAGCCACUAUGCCUAAGCCCACCCCGACCUGGGCCUUCCAGAGCUUUGGCCUUAACCGCCCUUCCCCAUGACCUGGUCCUGCCCCGGCCUCGAAGACAGCCUGUGCAGGGGCUGGGCUUCCGUCAGGGGGCAGUGAGUGGAGGGAAGCGGCUUUUUUUUUUAAAAGAGAAAUUAACUGCACUUUGAAACUUUCCUCUAGGAGAGUAAGCACUUCCUGUUCUUCCGCCCCAGGCAAGCCUCCUGUUUGGGGGCUGCCGGUGGGAGCCAGAGUGGGGACAGAGACUCCAUUGUCCCUUCUCCCCGUGCCAGUGCCACCGGGUGCUUCCUGUCCUGUCUGUCUUGACCCCUCGCCCCCAUUCAGCAUCGAGUGUGUGCGUGCACAAAUACACUCAUAAGGGACACC